GCUUUCUUUGUUACACGUGUAGCUGACAUCUAUUCUUUUUGGUUCUCUCUCUGGUGCAUGAAUUAUUGCAGCUCAUCUGAGGAGCUUUUGGAAGCUGGUCUGGUGUUAAUGGGGAGUACGUUCUCAACGUCUGCCUCAGAAGACGACGAUGGGAAUUACACAACCCAAGUGAUCUUGAACGUCUACGAUCUCACGCCGUUGAAUAAUUACAUGUACUGGUUUGGAGUUGGGAUUUUCCAUUCAGGAAUCGAAGUCCAUGGUUUGGAGUAUGGAUUUGGAGCGCAUGAUUUCCCAACAAGUGGUCUGUUCGAGGUGGAACCAAAGAGGUGCCCAGGUUUUAUCUACAGAUGCUCCAUUUCUUUGGGCACUAUAAGCGUGCCUCCUUCGGAUUUUCGCACAUUUAUGGAAAAUCUGGCUGCAGAAUAUCAUGGGGACACCUAUCACCUCAUCGGGAAAAAUUGCAACCACUUUACAGAUGAUGUUUGUUUUAAGUUGACCGGGAGACGUAUCCCUGGGUGGGUGAACCGCCUUGCUGGACUAGGUGCCGUGUGCAGUUGUCUGCUCCCCGAAAGCCUCCAACUAACUGCUGUGAAACAGAUGCCUGAGUACCAUGUCUGUUCUGAAGAUGGGUCGGAGUGUCCUUCAGUUACCACUCCACAGCGGACGGAAAGUGAUGAUGCAGAUCAUGACAAACAUCUCCUCUCAUCACCAUCAUCCUGCGGAGAGGUGGCUUUUAUCAAAGAGGUGCCAAGGUGAAGAUUAAACCCAGCUCAUUUGAACCAGAAGUAGAUCAGAAUGGAAAACUGGUUUCACCAGCUGUGAUUUCUUAGUUUCUAUUGUCUUCCAGUGCUACAUUUGGGCUUUGUUUGAUUGAUUCUAAUGUAAUUUUCCCAUUUCUUUUUCUUCUUUAUGGCAUUCAAUUGCAGAUCUUUGUUAAGUAGUUUCAUUCCAUUGCAAUGUCUAGGAUCCUGAAACUGUCUUGGAAUUUAGUUGGUAUUUUUCAUGUAUGAUUCAAGAUUGUGAAGGGGCGUGUUAUUAUUUGA